AUGACUUCUCUUUUCUCAGAGAUGAACAACAACAAUAGAAUUAAUCUGUUAGUGGAAGUCGUUGGAAUUAGAGUUGGUAUUUUAUUUGUCCCUAACUUUUGUACUAGUAGUAGUAGUAGUUGUAGUCUAGAAGAAGAAGAAGGAAUAAAACAGUUCCAAAAAAAUAACCAAAACAAGAAAAAGUCCGACUCUUCAAAAUAA